AGGGGUAUGCCCGUACGAGCCUUCGGGGCUCAUCGGCCAGCCUCGCGCGGCGAAGAAGGGGAGAGCGGCGAGAGGUGGGGGGAGAAAGAAUAAUUGUUAGAGACGAGGGGGAAUCUCGUUUAUCACGCCUUUUGAGCUCCUCCGCGCCCUGACUUCUUAUUUAUUAAUAGAUUUAUGGUUUUUCAUGUGUUUUCUCUGUUACUGAUUUGGAGGAAGGUGGUCUCAGUGAGGGUUAUGGAGAUCUGGUGAUUUUGAUCUGUUCAGGGUAGAUCUGGCUAUCAAGUUGAUUUCGUUUUCGUUCUCGACGUCUGCAGGGAGAUCUGGUGGUCGAGGGCUCUUCGUCGAGAAGUAUAUAUCUGGUUGUUACCCAAUGGAACAGUGCCCUGUAACUUUCGGUAGUAAUAUGAGCCAACUGCACGGAUUUGUGUGUGAUCCUAAGACGAUGUAUUUCGAAAAUAGUAGCAAAGCAUUUAGUAGGGCUGAAGUCAUCUGUCCGCGGCCCUAUCAUGCAUCAAGGAUCCCAAUGUUCAUGGAGGGAGUUAACAAAUUCUGUCCUAAGUCAAAGAGCAUCUUACCAAAGCAAAAAGAAGACUCUAGUUUUGAAUUUCGUGAUAUCAUACUAAACAAGGAUGACCAAUAUGGCGAUUUAGAUGGGGGUGCGCAAAUGGUUUUCUUUUGUGGCUCACCUCCGGUAAGGUCCCGUAACCCAGUUGCACGUGAUGAACAGUUUACCAAGCAAACCAAGCCCAUGUUUUCUCCACUGCCAGUUAAUUCCUUUGGAGUGGGAAAGUCUUGUGCAAGGGUUGAUAGAGCCUCCCCAAUUUGUGGCUCCUUCAGUGGAAACCCAAAAGUCAGAGUUGAGGGUUUUACUUGCAAGAAGUCUGAUUCCCGCUCUGCAGUUUCUGCCCUUGCCUAACAUAACUUUGACCAUAGAUUUUUUAGCUAUUUGUAUAAAGUUUCCUGUGCUGGGAGAAAAUCAAGUUGCUUCUCCCCUCUCCUUCUACAAAGAAAAACUCUCGCUGUUGAUGAUCUACCAUAUUUCAGGGUCUACAAGGGCUUUGCGUUGUGUACAUAUUGUAGCUUUUCCACUUAAAGUAGUACAAUGAGUCUUGUUAUGGCAUUUCCAAAGUUGUUAGCAUGGAAUCUGAAUUCAGUUCUGUUGUGGAGUUUAUAUAACUAUGUAAAUAGUUCUAGUCUGUACCAAAUAUCUAGUCUCACAGAAUGAGUCACCCUUCUCCGUAAUGCUGUCUGCUGAUCAUUUAUACAAUGACCAAUUUUGGCAGCUGAGUGUCUUUAAAAAUGUAAUUAAAUUGUAUAGUAUUUCAUAUUGUUUGAAAUGAAUCUCUUUAUCCAGAUGUUCAAUGUUUUUUU